UACCAGCAGCGCACUCUCCCGAGUGAGCCGUGGGCCGGCCCCCAUACUCCAGUUCUUUAAACUCCAGUUUAAAAAACUCCAGUUCUUUAAACAUCUUAAACAGCCGGCAACCAACAGACAAAAUGGCAGGACAAGCUUAUUCCAUGGCUUAUGAUCUGGGUUUGUUUAUUAAUGCCUUGGACAGGAGCCGGACCUUGAGUUAGAGCGGAGCUGUUUUUCGGCGCUCGGCUGCAGUUCCUCGAACGAUUGCUUGGGCGUUCCUCCUUUGAUGUCUGGGGCGUUCGUGUAUUCGGUGAUCUUUUGCGCCGUCUUCUUGCUUGAUGUCUCCUGAGCGGCUGCGGCGCCGGGUCGAAAGCUGAGUUAUCCGCGAGGCCCCGCGCUCAGGCGGUUUUCUCCCGUCGGUCGGCACAGCGGACCCCGUGCUUCUUUCUCGCUUCUUCCUUCUCUCAGUGGCUCUGCCCGCCCGCUGGGCUGCAAACCUAGUCCCCGCCCGCCUUGCAGAUUUCCAUGAGGAGAACUUGUAAGGACCUGAAUGGCCUUAUUUUAGCUGCUUCAGCGUGUGGAGCUAUAACUUGCUCCUUCAUUUCCUGUGCCUGGUGUGGGAGUGGCUACCGAGAGCCAUGAAGGUUGUCCCAGAGAAGAAUGCGGUCCGGAUACUCUGGGGGCGAGAACGAGGCACUCGGGCCAUGGGUGCUCAGCGGCUUCUGCAGGAGCUGGUGGAAGAUAAAACCCGGUGGAUGAAAUGGGAGGGCAAGAGAGUAGAACUACCGGAUAGUCCACGAUCUACCUUCUUACUGGCCUUCAGCCCAGACAGGACUCUCUUGGCCUCCACCCACGUGAACCAUAAUAUCUAUAUUACGGAGGUGAAGACUGGCAAGUGUGUUCAUUCUCUGAUUGGACACCGCCGCACUCCAUGGUGUGUCACUUUUCAUCCUACCAUCUCGGGCCUUAUUGCUUCUGGCUGCCUAGAUGGGGAGGUUAGGAUUUGGGAUUUACAUGGUGGCAGUGAAAGCUGGUUCACAGAUAGCAACAAUGCUAUUGCCUCCCUUGCUUUCCACCCUACGGCUCAGCUCCUGCUGAUUGCCACAGCCAAUGAGAUCCACUUCUGGGAUUGGAGUCGACGGGAGCCCUUUGCUGUGGUGAAGACAGCUAGCGAGAUGGAACGGGUCCGUCUGGUGAGAUUUGAUCCACUUGGACACUAUUUACUCACAGCAAUUGUUAACCCAUCUAAUCAGCAGGGUGAUGAUGAACCAGAGAUCCCAAUAGAUGGAACAGAAUUAUCCCACUACCGUCAGCGUGCCCUCCUGCAAUCACAGCCAGUUCGCCGGACGCCUCUCCUCCACAAUUUCCUGCACAUGCUGUCCUCCCGCUCCUCUGGCAUCCAGGUGGGAGAGCAAAGCACAGUGCAAGAUUCUGCUACCCCCUCACCCCCACCGCCUCCCCCUCAGCCCUCCAUGGAGCGCCCCAGGACUUCCGCUUACAUCAGGCUCCGACAGCGGGUCAGUUACCCCACAGCUGAGUGCUGCCAGCACCUUGGGAUCCUGUGCCUUUGCAGCCGUUGCUCUGGCACUCGAGUUCCUUCCCUCUUGCCACACCAGGACAGUGUGCCCCCUGCUUCUGCCAGGGCUACUACCCCUUCCUUUUCUUUUGUACAGACCGAGCCCUUCCAUCCCCCGGAGCAGGCCUCAUCAACGCAGCAGGACCAGGGCCUCCUGAACCGGCCGUCUGCCUUCAGUACAGUCCAGAGCAGCACUGCCGGCAACACGCUCCGCAACCUCAGUCUGGGUCCCACCCGUCGUUCUUUGGGAGGCCCUCUGUCUAGCCACCCUUCUAGGUAUCACCGAGAAAUAGCUCCUGGGCUGACAGGAUCUGAGUGGACCCGGACAGUACUCAGUCUGAACUCCCGCUCUGAGGCGGAAUCCAUGCCCCCGCCCAGGACCAGUGCCUCUUCGGUGAGUUUGCUCUCUGUGCUGAGACAGCAGGAAGGUGGCUCUCAGGCGUCUGUGUACACUUCAGCCACAGAAGGGAGGGGUUUUCCAGCAUCAGGGUUGGCAACUGAGUCAGAUGGAGGAAAUGGCUCCAGCCAGAACAAUUCAGGCAGCAUUCGCCAUGAGCUUCAAUGUGACCUGAGACGCUUCUUUUUGGAGUAUGACCGGCUUCAGGAGCUGGAUCAGAGCCUGAGUGGGGAAGCUCCCCAGAACCAACAGGCCCAGGAAAUGCUCAACAAUAACAUUGAAUCUGAGAGGCCAGGCCCUUCCCACCAGCCCACCCCACACAGCAGUGAGAACAACUCCAACCUGUCCCGUGGCCACCUGAAUCGCUGCCGUGCUUGCCACAAUCUCCUGACCUUCAACAACGAUACCCUGCGCUGGGAAAGAAGCACACCUAACUAUUCCUCUGGAGAGGCUAGCUCCUCCUGGCAGGUCCCUAGUACCUUUGAGGGCAUGCCAUCGAGUGGCAGCCAAUUGCCACCUCUUGAGCGGACUGAGGGCCAAACGCCCAGCUCCAGCAGGCUGGAGUUGAGCAGCUCUUCUAGCCCGCAGGAGGAGAGGACUGUCGGGGUGGCCUUUAACCAGGAGACAGGCCACUGGGAGAGAAUUUACACCCAGUCCAGCAGAUCUGGAACUGUAUCACAGGAGGCCUUACAUCAGGACAUGCCUGAGGAAAGCUCUGAGGAAGAUUCACUCAGGAGGUAAGCAGUUUCUUUCCUGUCUUCUCUUGCAUCCUUUACUUUUCUCCUUAU